CUGACUACGUACCUUUCCAGUGUUGAUUGUGUACAACCACAUAUAAUGAUUUAGUGGUGAAAUCUCUGCCACCUACCAGUCAAGGGUUAAGGAAUGAGGCAUGUAAACUGAUACGAGUGUCUGGCAAGUGCAGUUGCAAAACGUGUUCAGUUUGGACGUGGGAAUGUUUGUUAGCAUACUUGCCUUUCGAAGAGUGUUUCCGACAAAAGAGAAUGCUGUAAUCAGUCUGAUGAAUGAGAACACAUAGCCACACCGAAGCAGAACCCUGCACCCAUUCUAAGAUGGAGGAGCUGGCUGUGUUGGACUUAUUGGAGUGCCCGCUGUGUUUAGAGCGGUUGGAUGUUUCAGCCAAGGUCCUGCCUUGCCAGGAUACCUCCUGGAAGCCCAGCCUGCAUCAACAGGAGACCUCCAGGCCCGGGGACAAGAUUGAGCUCCGCUGCCCAGAGUGUCAUACCCUGGUCCAGGCCAGGUCGGUGGAGGAGCUGCCCCCUAACCUCCUGGUUCGGCUCUUGAAGGGGCUCAACCAGGGGUCCAUGGGGCCAGGACGGGACAGGAACAAACCGUCUGUCCGAUAUAUGGUAUCCUCUGCCAGGGGCAGGGAGGCCCAGCAGCAGAAACAAAAACAACAGAACCCACAGUCUGAUCAGCAGCACAGAGAGCGGCAGCAUGGAAAGAAUGAGUUCAUUGCCAGAGCCCUGUACGACCACAGAGAGAACGUCCCAGGAGUGAUUGACAUGGCGUCUGGUGACAUCAUCAUUCUGAGACAGAAGGUGGAUGAGAACUGGUAUUAUGGAGACACGAACAGCAGUAGUGGGCUGGUCGCUGCUAACAUGAUACAGAUUAUUGACCAGCAGCAUCAGACUCCACCACAGUGUCAAUCCCAAAAACGUUCACAAUCCCAGACCCAGACCCAGACCCAGACCCAGCCACAAUUCCAGUCUCAGCCUUUAGCCCUCUGCAAAGCCCUGUACGACUUUGACUCCAAAGAGAUGGAUGUGAAUCUGGAUGACUGCAAGGACUGUCUCACCUUCCACAAGGGAGACGUCCUCACGGUCAUCAGACGAGCAGAUGAAAACUGGAUUGAAGGAAAGCUGGGAGACAAAGUUGGCAUUUUUCCUCUCCAUUUCACGGAGCCAUUUACAGAGGCAGCAGCCAAGCUUCUGGAGGGAAAGACCUGGAAGGGGAGUGACUCCUCGGCUGAAUCUCGCCCAGGGAUCGGGAGUGAGAGUGGAUUUAGCAACAGCGGGACCGGUGACUCAACAAACCCCGACCGGGCAACCUGCUUCGGGGCGACCCAGAGCCCCACGAGGACCGCCAAUAUUUCUGCUCUCAACCCCCCCACCACCACCCAGGGGAAACAGCAACAAGCUAACAGCAGCACCCUGUACCAGUCCAACCAGACACAACCUUCGAAUAUCAACGGUCUGUACCUAUCAACCCAGGCACAACAACCUGCUAACAUCAACAGUGUGUACCAGCCGACCCAGGGGCGGGGGCAGCCACCCAGCGUCAGUGCCCUCAACAGCCUGAACCAUCAGGUUCACCAGCUGUCCCAAUCCUCCGCCCCCCCUCCCAACCACAGCUCCUCUCAACGCUCAGGUGUGACCUCACAGCGCGUAAAGAGAAACUCAGAGAGAACUGGCAGACACCUGUCACAACAGGGCGUGAGGAAGAUGAGUAGUGGUGAAGCUCCUCCCACCAUCACCAUGGCUCUGAUCAACCCCCAGUCUGCCUCCGUCUCCUCGGACACCAAACAGUCCUCCACUCAGCAGCUCUCCAUCAGUGUGUGUGCUGCUCUGUACUCCUACAAGCCCUGUCGCUCUGAGGAACUGGAGCUGAGGAAAGGGGAGAUGGUGGGGGUGUAUGGGAAGUUUAAGGAGGGCUGGCUCAGAGGCCUCUCUCUACGGACGGGCAAAGUGGGCAUUCUGCCCGGCAACUACGUCACACCUGUCCUCAGAACCUCUGCCAGGCUGUUGGAGUCCAAGGCAGUGACGGCAGGCCCCGGUACAGUCCCUGGGAGAAGAACCUCCUCGUCCUCCAAGAAUCCAGCGGUGGUUCUAGCUCUCCACAGGGUCAACUCCGAUGAAACGACCUACUCUACUGGACAACGGGUUCCGCAGCAGUCUGCCUCCGUGGCCACGCAGCCUGUGACGUCAUCAGGCGGCGCCACCAGAAAGUCCCGGCACGGGGUGGGCUCGGAGGGAUGGGACACAGUGAGGAGAGUCUUCCAUCGUUCACACAGAGGCUCAUCUCAACGGGGAAACCACUACCCCCACACCACCAUCUCUUCUAGCUCAGCCCUUCAAUCCCAGACCCAGACCCACAGUCAGAGCUCAUCCCAGCGCUGUAACCACUACCCCCACACUACCAGUGCCACAUCAGGCCUUCAGCCCCAUUCUCAGUCCCAUUCUCACAGCCAGAACUUUAGCCACAUCCAGGCCCCUGGCUACUCCCCUGCUCUGCUCAGGAAGAAACAACACAUGAGCAUGCUGCCCAAUCACAACAGAUCUCUGGCCUGGAUGUCUGAGGGACCCUCGCCCUCUAGUGGUGGUUUUAUGAAGGACAGGGACACUGCUCCCAGAGAGACGUUUGAUAGGCAGGUGUUGGAGACGAGGCAAGCAGCAUCGAAUGGUCAGCAGUCCAUCAACUCCAUCCUAGUGAGACCAGACGCCCUCAAGAACAACACAGAGAAGCCCACCAAGUCAGUGCGGUUCCUGACCCAGCCUGAUUCCCCUCCACCACGGCCCAGGACCACCUCCCUGCCCUCGGGUAGCCAGCCUCCCUCCAGUGCUCACCCUGGUCCCCCUCCCCUGGAGGUCUGGGCUCCAUCACUCACACUGGGGCGAGACGGGCCUGGGAUCAUACUGAAAGAAGGCAAGGCUCCUGUUCUUAGGAAAGGUCUGGAGACAAACCCCUCAGAUGUUCUGACUUCCAAUCAGAAACCUACGUCAUCAGCACCAUCAACGUCCAUCCUGUCCAGCAGCCCUAGCAGACACAGAGUAGUGACGUCAUACCAGGCCCAGACAGAGUCAGAGAUGAGCCUGAUGCAGGGUGAGCCUGUCCUGCUUCAUAGACAUCGGCCCGACGGACGGGUUCUGCUCACCCAGGAGAGCAGUGGCCACACGGGCCUCUUCCAUAGCGGUGUUCUACAGUUCUUAGACCGGUUCAGUUGACUGCCUGUAGUGUUUAGUUGUUAUUAUUAUAUGUGUGUUUUUCACAUAUAAAUAGAAUGACUAGCAUGGGAAAGCUCCCUGGACCGUGACAAUUUGAUAGUACACUCAAUAUGGCCGCUGGCCCACCCGGGUACAAUCAAUUUGGCCGCCAGCCCACCCCAUCAUGUAAUGUUGACUUGAAAACCAAUGUCCAUUCUAGCUAUUCUAUUUCUAUGGAUGUGUUGACACUGCCAAAUGAGAUGCUCAAACUGUGGAAGUGUGUGUGUGUGUGUGUUUUAUCUGUGUGUUGAAAAUAAUAUAUUAUACUGCCAUAUAAUGACUAUAUAUAAAGUAUGUGGACACCCCUUCAAAUUUUGUGGAUUUGGCUGUUUCAGCCACACCUAUUGGUGACAGGUGUAUAAAAUUGAGCACACAGCCAUGCAAUCUCCAUUGACACAAAUUGGCAGUAGAAUAGCCUUACUGAAGAGCUCAGUGAAAUAUAUAUUUGGUACUGUCAUGGAUGCCACCGUUCCAACAAGUCAGUUCGUCAAAUUUCUGCCCUGCUAGAGCUUCCCCGGUCAACUGAAAGUGCUGAUAUUGUGAAGUGGAAAUGUCUAGGAGCAACAACGGCUCAGCCGCGAAGUGGUAGGCCACAGAAGCUCACAGAACGGGAUCGCCGAGUGCUGAAGCACGUGGCGUGUAAAAAUCGUCUGUCAUUGGUUACAACACUCACUACCAAGUUCCAAACUGCCUCUGGAAGCAACGUCAGCACAAGAACUGUUCGUCGGGAGCUUCAUUAAAUGGGUUUGGGAUGAAUUGGAACGCCGACUGCACGCCAGGCUUGAUCGCCCAACAUCAAUCAGUGCCCGACCUCACUAAUGCUCUUGUUACUGAAUGGAAGCAAGUCCCCGCAGCAAUGUUCCAACAUCUAAUGGAAAGUCUUCCCAUAAGAGUGGAGGCUGUUAUAGCAGCAAAGGGGAACCAACUCCAUAUUAAUACCCAUGAUUUUGGAAUGAGGUGUCCACAUACUCUUGGUCAUGUAGUGUAUUUUUUCUUUUUGAGGUUCUUUGGACCCGUUUUAAACUAGAUAGAUAACUAUGAGGUUCAGAGAUAUAUUUGUGUAUAUUUUGAUGUGCAGAAGCAUGAGAGUUGCAUAGACCUACUGUAUACAUUUAUUAUUACCAAUCCCAGUUGCACAAACCCACCUCAGACCAAUGUUUUGCUUAAAUAAUUAGUGUUCUCUUUAUUCAAGAGCUAUUAGACACACUAGUCAGUGCCUUUGCAAAGCCCACAAAGUAUAGAUUUGAAAAACAAUAACAGCCCUCUUACCAGAGGCAAAAUAUAUGCAAAAGUGAUGAUCAUAUAGUGGUAAUAAACAAUGCUUCCGUCAACUAUAGCAUGCGUUUGUUACAUUCUCAACCUGAUUUUGCUAAAUAACUCCACACCUCUGGUAUGUGUCCUGUCCUGCACUUUGAAGACUUCAGAAAACAUGCACAGGUGUCCUCUAACAAAUUAUACUUCUCUGCUCUUUACUUUGUGAGUGCUGAAAAUAAAUCAUGUAUGACA